CACAACCACACCUCUUACCUUUAACAUGCCACCUUUGAUGGGACAAAUCCCAACUAUUCAACCUACGCCUUCAGUUGAGAUAUUGAAACUCGCUUUGGAGGAUAGGAAGUUAGAAGAGAUUGAUCACAAGUUGCAGUACCUAGCUUCUGCAAGGGAUAGCUUACAAAGAGUCGCCAAGAAGAUUAAUGAAACUUUCAGAGAAUUUGCUCAACAUUGGAGAUACGAAAUAGCUAAAGUCAUUCCACCCCUCACCGACAAUGAAAUUUUGACAACGGGUGAGCAAAUUGAAGAUAGACUUAAGGCAGGUAUUAUUGUGGACUUUCAAGCCAUUUACAAACAAUUAGAGCAAGUCAAGACUAGCAGUGUUGGAUCUACUUCGAAGAAGUUUGUACCUAAGGGGAAACGAGAAGAUGAAGAAGCUUUGAGUCAUAUUUUCACUAGUCAUGCCAAAGCAGUUUAUAAUGUGGCAAAUGUUUCGUAUAAUCACCAACCUCAAUUGCAAUACACUCCGGCUUAUAAGCCUGCCACUUACUCUCAAAGAAAGCCAAACUUUAGCGCUCAAGCUCUAGUUUGGCAGCAAUUCCCUCCUGCAAAUCAACCUAGACAAUCACUAAACUUCCAAUCCCUUAUAUAUGAUUCGCAAGCUAUAUGUGAAUAUCACAAUGUGGUGGGUCAUGGUGCUGAACAUUGUGCAUCUUUGAAACAUAGAAUUCAAGAUCUUAUCGAUGAGGGCACAAUGGAUAUGGUGGCCUUUGAUGAAGUUGAAAGGCCCAUGUUGGAGAAUGCCAGUUUUUGGUCUCUUGAUGAAUUGUUUGCCAUUUUGAUAGAUGGUUGGUGCUAUGUGAGUCUCGAAAUGGAAGAGUUGAGAAGGGUUGCCUUGAAGUCACAAGAUAUCAUCAUUACACAAUACGUUAACAGUUUCAUCAACGAAGGGUGUAGAGACGCUCUAGGCCAUUGCUCAGAACUUUCAGCAAAAGGACAUUCGGUUUCAAAUACUCAGAUAAAAAUGGCUUCUUUUCACGAUGCACGAGAGUUUCAGGGUAACCAGGGUGGGGAAGAAGAAGUGGAUGUUUUAUCAGUGGAGCCUAUUGCCAUGAUAGUGAUGCCGGAUGCGCCGACGAUAAGUACAGAGGUAGAGGCGGUUUUGUUUGAAGGGUGGGAGAGCAAGGUUAUGAAUGGGAGAUUGGAUAACCUUCGCAAGGCCCCCAAAACCAUACCUGCUGGCUUUAGGUUCAGGGCGGCACUGCAUCACAAAGUUGCAAAUGGUGCGGGCACGGUGAAGGGGUUUAAAAAAUUAGAGGAGAUGGUGAGACAAUACCAAAUCCCCAGAACUAUCCUGAUCCGAGCUGGGACACCAAACGAAUGGGCGUGUUCAGUAUUGAGGAUGGGCUGGGUGCUAGUGUACGUAGACCAUUUUGACACUGGUGAUGGUCUUCAAGUCGCUCUUCCUAUGCCGUCUGUGCCCCUCCACCAGUGGGAUGAGAUGGUACUACAUCUCGAGGAGAGAAAAGAUGACUGGCAUACACCAAACGCCUACAUGAACUACCCUCAGUUGACUGUUGGUGAUGUCGACCUGAAGAACCAGUUGCUAGAUCACGUUAGGGCAAGGGGUUUGGUGGAUUUAGAAACCUUGGUUACCUCAGAGCAGCUCGCGUUACUUGGCAUUCUGGAGAGGCAGCGUCAACAAGCACAAGGCUCAAGGAACCAUGGAGCUGGGUCCGGUUCCCAACGUCAAACUCGCUUUGACAAGCGGCCAUCAGCCGCAUCGGGGCGUAGUUCGUCCCACAGAAGUUCGAGCUCGGCACCAAGACAGUGUGCCGAGCAAAGAGUUGAACCUAUGACCUUAGGUUCAAGAAGGCGCGCGUGGGAGGACUCUGAUGCUGAGGAUGACAUUCCCCUCAUCUGGCGAAGGAUGAGCACGGGAUCUCAGCCCGCUUCAGCCAUUACUACGUGGCUUGCUAACUUGCCCUCGGCGCUGGCACCUACCUCGUCAUCUGUAUCGGGGCCAAAAAUUGCAUACUCGGAAGGCUUCAGUUAUGUCAGAACUGACUGCCAGACCGCCAUGGUGCAGGAGAAAGAGAGUGGCAUUCAAGUCGCUAAGGAGGAGGCCGGCCGUGCUGAAGAUCGCGCCAAGAAGGCGGAAUUUGACAGGGAGAAGGCUCUUUACGAGAUGCACUCCCUGAAGGAUAGGGUCGUGGAGGCCGACCAGCAUGUUGCCCGCGCUAAGGCGUCCUUGGAGCAAAACGCCAUCAUAGUAGCCUCAGCCAACACCACCACAAAUAUCUUCAACGAGAUUCGUGGGAAGGUGCUGCGAAAAUGGGCUGACUUCCCAAUCAACAAGUUGGCCUUCUUCGAGGGGGAGGAAAUGGACGAGCAAGGGAAGAGCCUCGCCCCUCCAAAGGGGUUGCCAAUGUGGCCCCCUUCUAUUGUUGAAGAGGGGAAGGAUACCGAGGGGUUGCCAAGCUUUGAUGCUUGGGUGGCAGACCCCCAGGAGGUACCUGCUAAGCCUUCUAGCACUCCUCUAUCCUCCCAGCCCGCCCUUGCUCCUGUUCUCUCUCCUCCAGAUGGUCAUCUCCUGCUCGAUCUCCUGCUGCCCGUGCGCUCCCGUCCAUCCCCGUCGACCUAAUGGAUGAUUAGCUUAGGAUUUCUUUGCUUCUUUUGUAUUUUUUUUGUGUUUUUGUAUUGGUCAGCGAACCAAUUCAUAUUGUACUUCAAAUGUAAAGAAUAUUGAUGGAAAUACAAGUUUGAAAAUUUU